AUGUUUCACUUUCAGAAAUUUCGAGAAGUUUUCGCUACCCUUACCCACCGAAAGGCCGAUGCCGAGCCCACAGAACAGAAACCGAAGAACGCAGAUAAUCGCUAUAGCGAAGGGGUCUCUCCGGGUACAAAAAAACCACAUUUACCCCACAAACAUGAAAACUCCGACAACGACUACUACGGGGCCCUCUCCGAGGUAGCAGCCCCCGCGCCUGUUGAGAGACUGUCAGAAGCGGAACUGGCGCGCCAUCCUUCCUUGGAGACAGGCUACGAAAAUCCCAGGGACGAUCCAUAUGGCUCAUUGAGCGAAGUUGCAGCGCCCCAACCUGUUGAGAGGUUCUCAGAAGCGGAGAGGGCACGCCAUCCGUCCUUGGAGCAGAGCCUUUCAGGGCAUUGA